UUCCUAGAAUCUCAUGUAAACGGCUUUCGCUAUACAUCUAUCCGAGGUGACCAUGUGGACAUCCUUUAUGACAACAUAAAAUAUGCUUUCUACCAGCCUUGUGAUGGAGAGAUGAUCAUUCUCCUUCAUUUUCAUCUCAAGAAUGCAAUUAUGUAUGGAAAGAAGAAACAGACCGAUAUACAGUUCUACACAGAAGUCGGGGAACUGACGACUGAUUUGGGCAAAGCUCAUUCUAGAAUGCAUGAUCGAGACGAUUUAGAGAUAGAGCAGCAUGAACGGGAAAUGAGAGAGCAUAUCAAAAGCUGCUUUAUUAGCUUCUGUGAAAAGGUUGAGGCUCAAGCUCAGGCCAGGCAUUUUAGUCUCGAAUUUGAACGCCCCUUCCGUGACCUCGGAUUUUUUGGGUGUCCCAAUCGGUAA